AUGGAAAAUAACGAAAAAGUCGUGAACUUGCUGGGAAAGGAAGCUUCUAUUGGUAACAGUGAGACCAGUUAUGCAAAAAAAGAAACUUUGAAUCCAAAUGCCAGAGAAUUUGUUCCUCUUGGAGUCAUUAGCAGUUCAAAAGCAUCGCCAAUAUGUCCAACCUCUAUUGAGGCUACACCUGAGAAAUCCACAUUGGAUCGUUCAGAGUCGUCGAUUUCGAAAAAGUCAGAUGAAGAAGCCCACCAGUAUUGGCAUCAUCAACUCCCAGAUGACCUUACUCCCGAUUUUGAGGCCACAGGGUUAGAUAAUACUAGUCAAGAGAUCAAUGGUUUAUCCUUUUCAAGCUUAUCACUAAUGGAUGGUAAAGAACAUUCUGCUCUUGAACAACAAGGUUUAUCAUCUCAUCUUUUUAAUGGUAACAAUUAUGUUGGAAAGCAAAGAAUUGGUGUCUCGUCUUGUGGAGAACGUCGAGCGCUGCCUUUGGGUUUUCGGGGAUCUUUCGAUAAACAUUGGGAUAAGCGAAUUGGGAAUGAUGGUCGUCUUCUUGCAAAAGACGGAUAUUCUUAUUAUGGGGAUUCAAGAGUCGAUUUCUGUAGUGAUGUGUCGAAUGAGCAAUUGAUGAUGGAGAAUCAAGAUUUGAGCACAAUUGAAUUUCUAGCUUCCCGUUUUCCUGGUUUUUCUGCCGAACGUCUUAUGGAGGUGUAUUUUGCCAAUGGUGGUGACUUGAAUUUAACAAUCGAGAUGCUUACUCAGCUGGAGGUCGAGAUGUACGGAGGCUUUAAUCAAACUCUUAAUUCAAAGAACUUGCCUGCCACAAAUCUUAGUGGCUCGAAUUUUCCUGCUCUCUGUGUGACAAAUGUUCAAAACGGUCUCGGAAAAGACUGCACACCCUUUUCUAGUCCAUUUCCAUCUUCUCAGUCUAGAGGGGCUAUAAAUUUUGCUUCGGCUGUGGAAAAAAUGGCGUCCCAAGAUUCUAGCAUUUGGGCGUACGAGAAAAAAGGUUCUUCAGUCACAAGCGUUGGGUCCAGUAGAAGUUUACAGUUACUCGGAAGCUCGUACAACAGUGGACAAGGCAGGGGCAUUUACAGCAAAACUGUGCAAAAUUGUGCAAAUAUGUAUUCUGAAAUAUGGGAGGAAGCUCGUGAUCAUGCACGCUUACGCAAUGCAUACUUUGAGAAGGCUCGACAAGCCUACCAGAUAGGCAACAAGUCCCUAGCCAAGGAUUUGAUCAUUAAAGGACAAAUGCACAAUAUGUGGAUGAAAGCAGCUCAUGAGAAAGCUCAAGAAUCAAUUUUUCGCCAGAGGAACAUGAACAUGCGGGCCCAGGUGAAAGAGAGAAUGAUCGACCUGCAUGGCCUGCACGUAAACGAGGCGCUUCACGUGCUCAGGCGUGAGCUGGCCGUGCUUAGGCAUGUCGCCAGGUCAGCGGAACAGGGAGUGCUCGUCUACAUAUGCCUGGGGACAGGUCAGCACACGAAGGACCCAUGUACCCUAACCACACUCCCGACUGCUGUUCAGAUAUACCUCCUUGAAGAGGAAGGGCUCGACUUCUCCGAGCCACAACAAGGGCUCCUUCAGGUCCUUCUGUUUUGA